CAAAAAUAUUCUAAACCAAAUUUACCAUAUGCCUAUAUAUAAACCAAUCCCUCGUAGAAAGCAAAAACACAUCAUAGUUAGUUUUAGACCAUCAAACAAUUAAUGGUUCACACAAUGUCUUCCCCAAGAAACACACUUUAUUUUCUAUUUGUGAUGUUUGUUGUUUUAUUGCAAGGAAUAUGCAAGGUUACGGGCCGAGGCUUCUUCUCAUCAUCACAAUACAACAAUGGGCAAGGCUACAAACCAGCACCCAAUUGCGCAAGAUUCGAAUGUGCUUCGUAUGUUGUGGUUCAUAGCCAAAAAGAAUUCGAAAUCCGAAAAUACGAAAAGGCUUUGUGGGUGUCGGCUCCGAGUAUCACUAUGGAUGAUUACAAAAGUGCGGCAAGUAAAGGUUUCCUAAUCUUGUUUAGUUAUUACAAUGGCAACAACACAGAAAAGGUGAAAAUGAACUUGACAAUACCUGUCCUCAUCGACGUCAAAAACACUUCAUACACCGUCUAUUUUCGCCUGCCCAAAGAGUACCAAAACACGAUGAAACUUGUACCUAAGCCCAUCAACAAGAACAUACAACAAGUGACAUUGCCCAAACACAAAUUUGCUGCCGUUACAAGGUAUAGUGGCAACAUUACGAACAAAAUAAUACCGGUUGAAGUUGCCAAACUAAACACGAGCCUCAUGGGUACACCUUACCAGGCGGCAGCUUCGGCGGUUGGUUUCAACGGAUACACCAUUGCCGCUUACAACUCUCCAUUUGAAUUGAAAAACCGCGUAAAUGAAGUCUUAUUCUUUUACGAUUAGCGGUCAGUUUUUUAUCAAUUAUGGUAUGGAAAUUUAAAGUAUUGUAUGCGCGUCAAAAGUGAGGCGGACGAAAGAAAGUAUGCGUAUUUUAUGUAUAUGAAUACUUGGAAAGAUUAUCUCACAAGUUUUGUGUUAAGUCUCGGAAAUUGACACUAUAAGAAAAUGAUGAAAUUCCA